GCCGGACUCUCGUUGCCAGCGGGACUUCUCUUCUUCCGGUCCAGAGAAGAGAAGCCGCUGUAGCUACAUAACUACUACCCGGAGAGCGGAGGGAUGUCGUUUUGUAGUUUCUUCGGUGGCGAGGUCUAUAAAGACCAUUUUCAACCAGGGGUUUAUGUAUGCUCCAAGUGUGAUCAUCAGCUGUUCAACAGCCGCUCCAAGUACGAACACUCCUCUCCCUGGCCAGCCUUCACACAGACAAUCCAUGAGGACAGUGUGUCUAAACAUGAGGAGAGACCUGGGGCAUAUAAGGUGCGGUGUGGGAAAUGUGGAAAUGGACUAGGCCACGAGUUUGUGAAUGAUGGGCCAGCCAAAGGGGUUUCUCGCUUCUGAAUAUUCAGCAGCUCACUGAAGUUUGUCCCUAAAGAUAAGGUUGAUGGACAGUAAGGUGAGCUGUUAGAGGGACGUUUUGGGCGACUUGUAGACGUUUCUCUGUGCUGCUGAAUGUGUGGACAGUGGAUGAAGUGUUCUGGGAUAAAGCCCAAUCUGGGAGCGCCAGGGCUCUGAUGAAAGAUGGCCACACUGGACAGCAAGAACAAAGGACUAGUCUCAACUCCUUUUUUAUUAUGCAAUCAUCACCGUCUCAGGAUAGCCUACUGAUUACACAAUCACCGUCUUAUCAGUUUUACAUUUAUAUACAGGGUUCAACGUUAAAGCGUAACUCUCGCCAAAAUGCAACCUAGGGUCUCUUUGUGAAUGUACCCGAGUCAAACUUUUUGUUUAAAAGCAUAA